GCAACGGCUGUGUUUUCUGAACGCACUCAUUUAUUUCUCUCCUGCCUUUCACGUGGUGUUGCGAGUUUUGUAUUUGUGAGGUAUUGCCGGUGUAGUUAUUCUUGUUAGGUUAUGUUUUACUCUUUGACAAAAUACAUAUUUGAGCGAUAAAACACGUGUUUAAUAUAUGAGAAAGUAAAACAAGUGAUGUACUAUCCAUGUUCUCUAUGUUGUAAUUUUCAUAUUUAUUACACAUAAUUCACGCAGUGAAACAGGCAAACUACAAAGAUAUCAAAAUGAUGGGUAAAUACUAUAAACAACUUGUUACACCAAAACAUGAAAAUGUUAGUUAUCUAUUGUUCUCAGUAUUUACUGCAAAUGACAUAAGAAAUUUAAGUGUAAUGAAAAUUAGGACACCGUUGUCAUUUAAUAUACUUGGUCAUCCACUGAAAGGUGGAUUAUAUGAUCCAUCCUUAGGCCCAAUGAUGGAUAAUUCCGAACCUUGCAGUACAUGUUCGUUUAGCGCUUCGAGAUGCCCAGGUCAUUUUGGACAUAUAGAAUUGCCAGUACCCGUUGUUAAUCCACUAUUUCACAAAGGGUUGUCCACGUUGCUCAAGCUUUCGUGCUUACAUUGUUUCACUUUUCAAAUACCAGUGCACAUUAAGCUGUUGUUGUCUGCAAAAUUGAAGUUGCUUCACGAAGGACAGCUCAGUGAUAUCGAUCAUUUAGAUCAGGAAGUAUCAUCCAUGAUGUCGCAGCUGAAGUCAAAGAAUGCCAAAGAUAAAGAAAACCAAGCGGAGUAUGUUCGUGAAAUAAUUGACACUUAUGUGGAGAACGUCCUCGGCAGGAUGAGAUUCGGCCAACCUAUGUUCCAGGAGUGUGAUGGAAAGCAGGCCAAUAUGAAGAAUAUUAUUACUCAAUGGCACACGUAUAUCGACAGUAUACUCAAACAGUUUCUUAGAAGUAAUAAAACUUGCAUGAAUUGUCAUAAGGGUCUAUCGCAAAUCUCAAUGCUACAAAAUAAGAUAAUGAUAAACAAUGCAAGAAUUGGCGGCAGGUUGCUCUCCGAUCAAGUGAUACACAAAGUGGAGGCGAUGAUAAUUAUGCCUGAACAGUCUAAGGAACAUAUGCGGCAAUUAUGGAACAACGAAAAGGAUUUCCUCAAAGCAAUUAUGCCGUGCUUGCAGUUAGUCGACAUCGAGUAUCCCACUGACGUAUUAUUUUUCGAAGUAAUACCCGUCCUACCGCCGGUUGUGCGCCCGAUCAACUUCGUCGAUGGACAAAUGAUCGAGCAUCCUCAAACGCAAGUUUACAAGAGCAUCAUACAGGAUUGCCUCGUCUUAAGGAACAUCAUACAAACCAUCCAGGAUGGCGGCACCGAACACUUGCCCCAAGAAGGUCGACUCGUGUUCGAACAAAUAAGGGGGCAGACAGCCGUGGAGAAGUUGCACAAUGCUUGGCAGACGUUGCAGACCAACGUGGAUCACCUGAUGGACUGCGAUAUGAACAAAACCGCGGAAUCGGUCAACAGUCAAGGCCUGAGACAAAUUCUCGAGAAGAAGGACGGCAUCAUUCGGAUGCACAUGAUGGGCAAGAGAGUGAACUUUGCUGCACGUUCGGUCAUUACUCCAGAUCCUGAAUUGAACAUCGACGAGAUCGGCAUUCCCGAGGAUUUCGCUCUCAAGUUGACGUAUCCUACGACUGUAACGCCGUGGAACGUCGUCGAGUUGAGACAAUUGGUCUUGAACGGGCCCGACGUUUAUCCUGGCGCGGUCAUGGUGCAAAAUGAGGAUGGGUCGGUACAAGCCAUCAGCAGCAGCGAUUGUACGAAGAGAGAGGCUGUCGCGAAGCGUUUGUUAACGAUAAGCGACAAGAUCAGCGAGUGCCACGUAGGUAUUAAAGUGGUACACCGGCAUCUCCAGAACGGCGACAUAUUGCUAUUGAACAGGCAACCGACGUUGCACAAACCGAGUAUCAUGGCUCAUAAGGCGCGUGUUCUCAAGGGAGAGAAGACGUUGCAUCUUCAUUACGCGAACUGUAAAACGUACAACGCGGACUUCGACGGCGAUGAGAUGAAUGCGCAUUUCCCGCAGAACGAUAUGGCGAGAAGCGAAGCGUAUAAUAUAGCUAACGUAUCGAAUCAGUAUCUCGUCCCGAAAGACGGGACCCCAUUAAGCGGCCUUAUACAAGAUUACAUGAUAUCCGGAGUGCGACUGACAACCAGAGGUAAUUUCUUCUCAAAAAUCGACUACAUGCAGCUGGUUUACACCGCACUGUCCACGUCGCAAGACGAAAUCAUCUUUUUACCGCCAGCUAUCGUCAAACCGAAGCGACUGUGGUCGGGCAAACAAAUCGUAUCGACCAUUAUUAUCAAUGUUAUUCCCCCUAAUACUGCGCGAAUUAAUCUGGUAUCCAAGACGAAGAUCAGCGUAAAGGAAUGGCAAGUGGAGGCGCCACGACGCUGGAAGUGCGGAACGGAAUUUAAAGAUCCAAUCGCCAUGUCGGAAGCUGAAGUCGUAAUUCGCCACGGAGAGUUAUUGUGCGGGGUCCUCGACAAAACUCACUACGGCGCGACCCCUUACGGCUUCAUCCAUUGCGUUUACGAAUUGUACGGAGGCACGUACGGCAACAAGAUGCUAAGCGUGUUCGGAAAGCUGUUCCAGGCGUAUCUCCAAUACGAGGGAUUUACUCUCGGCGUGGAGGAUAUUUUGAUAACUCGUGAAAUCGACAAGAAACGCAAGGAGAUCAUCUCCGAUUGCAGAACAGUCGGAGAGAACGUACAAAAAUCGCUCGCGAAGGUACCGGAUGACACAGCGGCGGACGAAAUUAAAGCCACAUCUCGUGGCGCGGAGCAACUUUAA